AUGUCUAUUCAAUACAAAGUCUCUCCUCGUGCUUAUGCACUCCCAAUCUUGCAUGCUGCUAAAUACUCAUCAUCUACUGUGUGCGGUGUGCUCUUGGGAAAGGUAGACGCGCAAGAGGUUGAGGUUGUAUCAGCUAUCCCAUUCUUCCAUCACUGGACUGCUUUGACCCCCAUGUUGGAGACAGCAUUACAGCAGGCUGAAAUCUAUGCAACUCUUAAUGAUCUCAAGAUUGUUGGUUGGUAUCAGGCUAAUGAGCACGAUGAUGACGUGACAGUACACGACAACGCCAUCAAGGUGACUGAUCUUAUCCGUCAGCGCAUUCCACAGGCCGUCAUCUUUAUUGUUGACGAUCGCAAAACUGACUCAUCGGACAAGAAAGAAAGCUCUAUUUUGCCCUAUAUAUUUAGUGAAAACCAGUGGAGAGCCAACAAGCUCGCAUUUACCAAAGAAUCAAAUUUUGGCUUUACUUAUGAAGAAACAGUUCCAAAAGUGCGCGGUUUGUUUAGUACAUCAGCUUACAACAAAGUUGUUGAUUUUGAUGAUCAUCUGGAAGAUGUAUCCCUGGAUUGGUUUACUUCACCUGAACUGAAAAUCUAAUAAAUAUAUCGUGUUGGUUAUUAUCGUU